GAAGAGUGGGUGUCAGUAACUAAUCCUUAUGCUGUGGGAUAUCGCUCAUCCAUACUAUUUCUAGUUUUGCAUAAUCAUGCAGUUUGUUUACAUAACACUUUCAUAUGUAACUAAACAAUAGCUUGUCCUUUACAGACAAGUCUUGGACCAUCAGUGACAUCCAUGCCAAUUGGAACUUGUAUCCUCUCGGGAAGUUCAUUAGUACGAGACCCACACAAACAGUAGACAGCCCAUGAAAUGUCAGCAUUAUCACUUCAAAUGUGUCUUGAUCACGUGGUGGCAUCAAGUAACGAGUCCGUGGCCGUGUACCGUCACUUUCCUUUCCCAACCUUCAACAGUAGUCUGUCUGUUCAUUGGGUCUUGUGGGCUCCUCCCAGCCCCUUUGAGCAUCACUAGAACAUCUUAAUGCUGUAGCUGUAGCGCUCUCAGUCAGGUAGACCUUUAGAAAUGUGCUCCAUAACAUUUUUUCCCCACUUCUCUUAAAAUCCAUAAGUCUUUUGUCCAUCGUGUUGUGGAUGAAUGUGUUUUCACAGAACCAACCCCUACAGCUAAAUCAAUACCAGAUUCUCCGACUUGAGCUGUACCUGCUAAAAACUCCCGGGCUCCAUUCUGAAAAGCAGCUGUUUGCACAAGCAGAGUGUGUCCAUCCUAAUGCUCUAUUCACCGGCUGAAAUUAGGUCUGGAUCGUCCUCACCUCGCAGAAGAAUGGGCUCGAGCAGCACGGGGGAUUUUGGGUAUGAUGGGGUCAUGAUUGUGAGAUGCCGCGGCUGUGGCCACGCUCACCUCAGGCACGGCGCCACUCUUCCCCACCAGGUGAUGGAGAGGGGCGGCUAUUCUGCCGCCCACAAUGGCCACUCCACCGCAGUGGGAGAGAGGCUUUGGAGGUACACAAUGGGCUCUUUUAGAGAGACGCUGCUGCCGGGGCCGGCAUUGGGUUUGUGCAGCCAGCGUGCCUUCAUCAGGCUCCCCUCGUCACCGAUACCGCGGCGCUGUGUUUGCAGACGACCGCGGGGCAGACUGCGGGAACGGCCGCCAUUCGUCCUGCACGGCUCCCGCGGGCGCGGGACGCUCUCAGCAGCCGAGGACGCGGGUUGAGCAGGCGGGGUCAAACAAUUACCCGGCACCGCGAUCUCGGCCGUAAUGAGCCGGGAGAAGAGCGGCCCGAUCGAGCGAUGAGUGAAAAUAUCACCGUUUUGAAAUUCAAAGGAGAAACGUGAAAAUGAAACGGCCACUCAAAUUCAAUCACAUUUGCCUUUAUUGUGUUUUUAUCGUUGUGUGCAUCUCGCUUUCAAGCAAUAACUGUAAUUCAGCGAUGACGUUUUGCUUUUUUUUUGCUUUUUUUUUUUUUUUUUUGCAGAGGAGAAAUUAAAGUGUGUUCUUGUGCACAGCAUGCCCUGUUCCACACUUCAGCUUCAAAGCCUGUUCAUGCAGAUUUUUUUUUUGUCAGGGGCAAAUGAGGUCUGUGUCACAUUCGGGCAGAUCUGCCACUUCAGCAGUCGCUUCCUCAGUUUGAGGAGGGGAGAAAGUAGAGACAUGAAGGCUGGAUGUGUCAGGGUGAUGGUAGGAGGAGAGAGAGACACAGAGAGAGGAAGUUCAGACCAUCCCACCCUCCCUCCAUCUCAGUUCAGCCAUUUCAAUCCCACCAUCCAUCCACAGAGCUUUAGCGAGAUGUGCUCACUAACUGCUUGGCUGCUGAGCAGCUUCGUUCUCACUCUCCUGGAUCUCCUCCAAAUUUGUUCUCCACCGGUGCUGCAGGUCUCCCGUUUCCUAUUAGAUUUAAACUAUUACAGCUAAUAAUAUGUGUAAGGUCCUCCAGUUAUUUGCUAAUGUGGAGAAUCUGUUAGAAUGAGCAAUAAAAGCAUACGCCAUUAAAAAGAAAGAUAAAGCACCACCUGCGGAGAAAAACAUGUCACAUCACUGGGCAGAGGGAUCGGAGCCACUCGUCCCAUCAGUGGAGCUAAUUGUAGGGGUUUAACACUUAGUAGGUUUCCAAGUUUGUCUCCCUCGCUCUCCCCCUCUUUCUCAUGUCUCUCUGGCUCUUUCUCUCCCAUUUCCAAAUGGAGCAGUCCAGGCUUCAUCUGUGUUUUCUCUCCCUUCCAAGCUGGUGUGACACACAACUUGGCCUGGGUGUUCAGGGACUGGCGUGUAUGGUGACUCGUGCCUCCCACUCCCCAGCGAGUCCCAGGAAUAACUCUGCAAUUUGACAUGGCCCCCGGUGAACAGCAAGCUGUGGAGUGUGGGAGACAGGAAGUGUGUGUGUGCACCCGCUUCGGACGUUAUCACGGCAUUCAAUGGCCAUUAUCAGUGGUUGUCAGCUUAUACUUAUGGGCCAAUAGGUGCCUACUCCACCUACUGACAGCGGUGAGUAGGUGCAGCAGGUCGUCGUCAUCUAUUCCUAACGAGAUCACGGCUUGGAGGACCAAACCAACUGAAUCCAGAUCCACUAGAGGCGCUGUUGAACCCUUUUUCUUCACACGGGAGAAUCGACGCGCUGACCAAGGCUUUACUGUCAUAUUGGAGAUACUGGAGAUAUGGUGAAACACAGGACAAGUGUGCGAUCUACGAAACAUAGAGUAUGUGUUCGUCGGAGGACCAUUGGUGGUGCUACCAAAGUUUCUGUUUUGAGAAACGUUUCACAUCCACCUGUAACUGUGGAUGUUACACCUGUCACCACCACAUCAUCUCUGGAUGAACAUUCAGAGGCAGAACCAAGCAGCAGUUGCAUGUCCGAGACUGCUUACACAAAAGCAAAGAAGAAGGAGCUCAGGGCCUGGGACUCAUUGAAGGAGGAUAUGCUGCGGGUAUCUUAUGAGUCAUCAGCACCAUCUACAAAUAUCUGUGCUCUCUGCAAAGAGCAUGCAGAGUAUAGGUGCCUUGAGUGCAGCAGUACUAAUAUGUUUUGUGAGACCUGUAUCACAAAAACCCACCGCAAUUCCUUGCACCUACCAGAGAAAUGGAAUAAAACAUUGUAUGUGACAUCUCCGCUUGAAUUAGCACUACGCUUACCAGGAGAACAUUGUUCUCAUGCUGUGUACGCAAGAGAUAUGAAAAUAUUUGUGAACACAGGCCAGUUGUGCAGCUUCAGCGUGACUCUUUGUACAUGUGAACCAGAAACUUGCACCCUGCUCAGAUAUGGUAUCUGGCCUGCGACACCAGAGAGGCCUCAAACAGCGUUCUCUAUAGCUCUUUUGGAGCUUUUUCAUUAUCUGUCCAUGGAAUGCCAGGUGUCUGUUGAGGGAUUCUGCAAUAUGUUGCGGUGGAAAAACAAUCUGUCUCUUUCAGAGGUUAACAUGCUCUACAGAGCUCUGGUGGGAGAAUCUAUAUCCCAGUUUCGCCACCACCACUUUAGAUGCAGAAGUUUAUCUGGUCUUUGUCCCUCAUUUGAUGAUGGAACAACAUGCCCAGUAUGUCCUAAGAGUAACGGCAAUCUGAUUGUAACAAUGGAUGCCUACUUUGGCCUUGUUCGAAAAAGAAGUUCAGGAAGUAGUUUGGUGGAGCCGUUGCAUGGUAACAGAAUGUUUGUGAGGGAAGAAGAUGUGCAAGAAUACCUGUCAUCCCAUCCUGAUGGUUCCAAGCCAAAUGAAGACUGUAGUAAUUUCAAGGCAGGGAACCUGCUUCGUUCUCAAAAAAACCCACAAAAACUAGAUGUAACAGGGGUGUUUGGAGUCUCUUGCCGCCAUGAGAUUCCGUUGGUGUUUUUGAACAUGACCCAGGGAGAACGGCUAGCAUAUCCAAUGUAUAUAAUCAAAGAACUCCUAACAAGGAAUCAGGGCAAGAACCUCAAUCUGUAUGUCAUUUAUGACAUUGCAUGUGUACUUUCAUCACACAUGCAUAAAAAAGCAGAAGCAAUGCAACAAGACGUAUCUCUGGCUGUUCCAGCAUUUCAUGUUUUUGGUCAUAAAUUACAGUGUCAGGUUCUGUACAGUACGAGAAGAUUAAAAGGCUUUGGGCUAACAGAUGGAGAAGGUAUGGAGAGGUUAUGGUCCUUCCUUAGAAGAUUUGCUCGUAUUACAAAAGAGAUGAGUCCAUCCCACCGGCUUGACCUCUUGACUGAAGCACUUCUUUAUUAUGGGAGGAGAAAAACAGCGGAUAUAGAAGUGCAGCUCCAUCACAGAUGGGAAAAAGCAGAGAAGGUCACUAAUCUAGCUAAAGAGGAGUUAGCUGCUGUCUUAAAAGAGGCACCAGCGAGUGUUUCAGAGCACAGUGUACAGAGAUGGAUGGAAACGGAGAACGAAGUUGCUAGAUUGACAGUUUUGAAAACCAAAAUAGCAGACAGUGUUCCCAAAUGGAAGAGGGUGUAUGUGACAACGCUGAUUGAGCUCCAGCACCUCAAAUCAUGUGAUCAUGAUUCAGCUGUUGCAGAUGAGAAAAAGAUUGAAUCUUGUCUUCAAAAAAUUGAAAGACAGUACCAUAUAACAAGAAGAUGGAAUCAGUCAGAUUCGAUAUUCCAGUCAACACUGUUAGAGCUCGACCAGGACAUUCGAGGUAAACUGGUCAUGCAGGCAUGAACGGAGGCAAGGGAAAGACUUACACUUCUUCACUUGAAGCGAAAAUACCCAGAUGGACAGGGAAUUGCUGUCAGAUUGUCUAAACAAAUUAAGGCCUGUAACAAGAGACUGAGGAAAACCAUAACAGAUUACAACAGUCUGCAAUGGCCACCACAGACAACCAUCUUCCCACCACAGAUGGAUUUUCAAGAAGCAGUGAUCCCUCCUGGCCUGUCUACUGUAGCAUUGAUGAAAAUACAGAGGAAGGAGACUUUUCACGAUCCCUCAAAAGACGUGCCAUUGAUGCAUUGCACCUGAAGACCAGGGCUGCUGAGGAGAAGAUCAUGCUUCAGGAUGAAAUGAAGACUUUAAUACAUCAUGUUCAGCAACAACAUGCUUCUUUACACUCAGCUAUUACUAAUACUAAGCAACCUGGCUCCAGAGCUGUUCUUGUUGGCACCAUUAUAAACUUGGAACAGAAACUACAUAAUGCUACCUUGAUGUUCCAGCAACACAUUCCAAGUAUUGCUCCUCUUUCACACGCUUACCUGCCACAGUUGAAUGUAGUCUGCCAGAACGUGAUAUCACCGGAUGUGUACAUGGCUUUAUUCAACGACGAUGAUGAUGAUGAUGAUGAUGAUGAUGAUGAUGAUGAUGAUGAUGAGGAGGAGGAUUGUGAUGAUAGCAUUUAAAGCUAAAAUAAAAUGCAGAUUCAUCCAACACAGAAUCUAAAAUGACAAACUUGUAAAUAUGCAAGCAGGAUUGUGCAAAUGUACUUAUUUAGGUAUUCCUAAAGCCUGUGUUUUGUGAAAGUGUAUGAAAUAAAAGAGUUUAAAAGAAGAGAAUAAAUGUCUUUUUAAAUGGUAAA